AUGUCUGUGCUUAUCCUGCUUAUCCUUGUGUUGAAUGCAUGUCUUCGAGCACAAACCCACACAAGUUUCCUCUUCAACAAAUUCAAUGCAUCCACCCUUUACCAGGUCGAAACUUCCUCAAUCCGCUCCGGUGCCAUCUGCCUCACCAAUCAAUCACAACACAUGUCUGGCCGCGCUUUAUAUACUCAUCCUGUGCGGAUGAAAGAUCCCAGCUCCAGAAAUACGAGCUCAUCGUUCAGCACCACCUUCGUAUUCGCUAUGGUUCCUUCUUCCUCCGAUCCUCCACGCAGCGGGCACGGGAUGGCCUUUAUGAUCACACCCACCAAGUUUCCAGUGGAGCAGUCAUCGUCUCACUUCCUCGGUUUGUUGAAGAGUUCCAGCGUAGGGAAGCCUGACAAUCAUCUCUUUGCCGUCGAGUUCAACACAAUCCUCAACGAGGACUGCCGAGACAUCAACGACAAUCAUGUCGGCGUGGAUCUCAACGACCUCAACUCUGUAAAGGCUGAAAUAGCCGGCUACAGGAUUAGCAACCAGUUGCAUGAAAUAGAUCUCAACAGUGGUCACAAUAUCCAGGCUUGGAUCGACUAUGAUCAUAUGCAACAGGAAUUGAAUGUUACAAUUGUAGAAGCCGGUUCAGUUCGACCCAAAGAGCUUCUUAUAUCUCUCAAGAUUAUGACUCUGUCCAAUAUUUUCGAAGAAGAAAUGUACGUUGGUUUCUCUGCAGCAACGGGAACCAUCGUUCAAGACCACUGUGUCCUCGCCUGGAGCUUCAGCACAAAUGGAUCCGCACCUGAGCUGGAUAUAUCUCAUCUUCCUUCCCUCAUUAUGCGUAAGGAUUCCAAGUCUCGACUUAUUAUCGAAAUUACUACAGCUUUGGUACUUGUGUUGUCGCUUCUGAUUGCUGCAGGGGUUUUUGGGUGGAAGAGAAAUAAGUACAGAGACGUUAUAGAAGAAUGGGAGAUGGAGUAUUGGCCUCACAGGUUUAAAUACAAAGACCUGCAUAUUGCAACCAAAGGCUUCCGAGACGAACAAGUUUUGGGCUGUGGAGGUUUCGGUCGGGUGUACAAAGGAGUCCUCCCUGCUAGCGGCCUUGAAGUUGCUGUAAAGUCCAUCUUUAAAGAAGCCAACGAAGCUCUCAAGGAAUUCAUUGCAAAACUUUCAAGUCUGGGGCGUUUACAGCACCGGAAUCUUGUACAAAUCAGAGGCUACUGCAGGAGGGGAGCAAAGCUAUUCAUAGUGUAUAACUACAUGCCAAACGGAAGCCUGGACAAGAUGAUAUUUGGGAAGACGAAGAGCUUGCUGGAAUGGGCUCAGAGGUACAGAAUUCUGAGGGACGUGGGUGCAGGAUUGCUGUAUCUUCACGAAGAGUGGGAGAAAAGGGUAGUGCACAGAGACAUCAAAUCCAGCAAUGUUUUAUUGGAUUCUGAACUCGAUAAAAAGCUGGACGACUUCGGGCUUGCUCGUCUGUACGAGUAUAGAGGAGACCCACAAACUAUUCGUGUGGUGGGUACGCUAGGAUACAUCGCACCAGAGCUGGUACACACAGGAAAAGCCGGUCCUAGCGCAGAUGUGUUCAGUUUUGGUAUCUUAAUGUUGGAGGUUGCUUGCGGGAGAAGGCCUGUGGAUCCCUCUCUGGAUGCUUCCCAGAUGGUAAUGGUGGAUUAA